GUGACGCAUGCGUGGAGGAUAUGUUCCCCGCAGCAAAGUCCUCCUUUACUCCACACACGCUUCUAAGCCUUGGCACAUCUACUAACUACACUUUAUUCAUCCUCCGUGUCAGCAUCAACUCCACUCGUCGCACUCAACUUUGGACAUUGUUAGGCCCGCUUAGCUUGCUCCUUGUUUUAGUGCACUAGUUAGCUUAGCAUGCUAGUUAGCUUAGCUGGUUAGCCGCUAACAAAGAGACGCGGAUUUGAUCAACACAUCGCUUAGUUCAGAUCAAGUGUGAGUGUAAAGUGUUGAGAUUGUGUGAAAAUGUGUGAAAGAACCAUAGCAGAGUACGAGGAGGAACUUUGUUGUGUGAAAAUGUGUGAAAGAACGAUAGCAGAGUACGAGGAAGAACUUUCUCGGACAAAAGAGGAGAACAAGAGACGACGUCAACUAUUGGAGGCUGUUUUCAAGAAACCUCAAGUUGUGUUACACAGAACAGCAGGUUUCGAUGAGAAAAUCGUGGUUAAAAAGUCGCUUCUUACCGGAUAUUAGCGGAGCUUCUUUCCUGCUGCAGCUGCAUGACUUCCCUCAGAGACACUCGCAGUCAAGACACCUGUGGACAACACUUCCGACUAUCAGACCUCAAUGAAGAACAUCUUCCUCGUGAGCAGGAGGACGAAACACAGUCCCCCCACAUACACGAGGAAGUACAGGUACCACAGUCCCAACACAUACAAGAGGGAGAGGAGCCACAGUCCCCCCACAUUAAAGAGGAAGACGAGACGCCACAGACCCAUCGUGUUAAACUGACCCUUCACAUUAAAGGGCAAGCGGAGGACCCACUGAUCUUACACAUCAAAAAGGAAGAGGAGGACCCACUGACCCCUCACUUUAAGGAGCAAGAGAACCUGCUGACCCCGCACAUUAAAGAGGAAGAGGAGGAAGAAGGCAUCAGUCAGCCCAAAUGGUUGGUGGAGUUCCCAGUGAGUGUGAAGAGUGAAGAUGAUGAAAGUGAGGAGAGGGGAGGAGGGGAGCCUCCAAGCAGCAGCUCAACACAACACAUGACAACAGAAGCUGAUGGAGACCACUGUGGAGGAUCACAAGCAGACAAGCUCUUAGCUCCACUAUCAGAUAGUGAGGACACAACCUCACACUCUCCUCACACUGAUGAUGAAGAUGAUGCAACAUGUCACACUGACAACACUCACUUCACAUGUCCUACCUGUCACAAAACUUUUAAAUACCAUAGUUCUCUGAAAAGACACAUGAGAACACACACUGGAGAAAAACCUUUUUCCUGUUCAACCUGUGGUAAAGGUUUUACACAAAGUAACCAUUGGAAAAGACACAUGAGAACACACACUGGUGAAAAAACUUUUUCCUGUUCAAUAUGUAGUGAAGGUUUUGCAGGAAGUCAUGAUUUGAAAGUACACAUAAGAACACACACUGGUGAAAAACCUUUUUCCUGUUCAACCUGUGGUAAAGGUUUGGCAGACAGUCACAAUUUGAAAAGACACAUGGGAACACACACUAAACCUUUUUCCUGUUCAACCUGUGGUAAAGGUUUUCCACAAAGUGAGCAUUUGAAAGCACACAUGAGAACACACACUGGUGAAAAACCUUUUUCUUGUUCAAUCUGUGGCAAAGGUUUUACACAAAGUAGUAGUUUGAAAAGACACAAGAGAACACACACUGGUGAAAAAUCACAUUCCUGUUCAAUCUGCAACAGAAGCUUGUGUGACCAAUCAAACCUUGUAAGACACAUGAGAAGACACACAGGAGAGAAAGUGUUUAGUUGCAGUGUGUGUGGUGAAAGAUUGUCUUCUAAGUACCAGUGUAAGAAACACAAGUGUGCUGGUGAAUUAGUGAAGUGAAUUAUAUUUAUAUAGCGCUUUUCUCAAGUGACUCAAAGCACUUUACAUAGUGACACCCAAUAUCUAAGUUACAUUUAAAGCAGUGUGGGUGGCUCUGGGAGCAGGUGGGUAAAGUGUCUUGCCCAAGGACACAACAGCAAUGACUAGGAUGGCAGAAGCCGGAAUCGAACCUGCAACCCUCAAGUUGCUGGCACGGCCACUCUACCAACCGAGCUAUGCCGCCCCAGCACAUAUAACACACAUGUUAUAUGUUAUAUGUUAUAUGUGCUGGUGAGAACAGCAGCAGCAAAUGAAACUGCAGGAUUUGAAAUAAACU